AUGAAGAGCAGAUUGAAGAGUUACAAGAGGAAGAAGCUAGGGCUAGCCACUGUCAUCAUCUUCUGUUCUCUCUGUUUCCUCUUCGGUUUCUACGGUUCCACUCUACUUUCCCAGAAUGUGCCUGGAGUUAGACCCAGGUUGAGAAUGUUGGAGAUGGUGGAAAACGGUGAAGAAGAAGCUGGCUUGAUGCCUCAUGGUGUUACUGGAGAGGAAUCUGUUGGAUCGAUUCCGUUUCAGGUGCUGAGUUGGAAACCGAGGGCUUUAUAUUUUCCGAAUUUCGCAACUGCAGAACAGUGCCAAGCUAUUAUUGAUAGGGCUAAGAUUAAUCUGAAACCUUCUGCUUUGGCUCUCCGGAAAGGAGAAACCGCUGAGAACACUAAGGGCACUAGAACAAGCUCAGGAACUUUUGUUAGUGCUUCGGAAGAGAGCACUGGUGCUCUGGAUUUUGUUGAAAGGAAGAUUGCGAGGGCUACAAUGAUCCCAAGGACCCAUGGAGAGGCAUUCAAUAUUUUACGGUAUGAACUUGGCCAAAAGUAUGAUUCCCACUAUGAUGUUUUCAACCCAACAGAAUACGGACCACAAUCAAGCCAAAGGAUGGCUUCCUUCCUGUUGUACUUAUCUGAUGUAGAAGAAGGUGGCGAAACCAUGUUCCCAUUUGAGGUCAGCUUAUAUAACAUACCAUUGCAUAUUGAUUCCAUUUUGUUAAUUGGUUCCGUUUUGUUAAUUGAUUCCCUUUCAAACGCUCUCGAUUGCCAGAACGGUGCUAAUAUGGGAACCGGAUAUGACUACAAGAAAUGUAUCGGGCUGAAAGUAAAGCCUCGCAAAGGAGAUGGUCUUCUUUUCUAUUCCGUGUUUCCAAAUGGAACAAUUGAUCAGACUUCGCUUCACGGGAGUUGCCCGGUGACCAAAGGAGAGAAAUGGGUUGCGACCAAAUGGAUCAGAGACCAAGAACAGGAAGACUAA